AUCGUGGCUUUCUUCUUCGUGUGUCUCUUCCAUUCGCUUGUAGCUAUGCGUCCAUGGCAGCUGGCAUGAAGCCACAGCUAGAACCCGAUCGUUAGCAGCGACUUGACGAAAAAUCAAGGUAUGGCGAGCGCCAUACCUGGCCAUAACAGGUCCUCCGCCCCUGGCUGCAGUCUGUGCUAGUUGUGACAUCAGGACCCUUGCUCGAAAUCCUCUCUCCACACCAUCAUCCUCUGCCUCCGGCUACCAUCCGCCGGCCGGCUGGAUCCUCGUGUGCCACAACCACAACGCCGCCCGCGGCCUUCUGCUGACCGCUCAGCCGUUUCCCCAGAUCCGGACAAUUGAAGUAAUAACCACCCCUUGAAGAGAAAGCAUCACAACAAUGCAGACAUGGUUGAUCUUGCUGCCGUUUCUGCUGCUAGGAGCAGCAGCAGCAGCAGCAGCAGCAAUGGCUUCCAGCGUUACUCCUGAACCCAAGAGCACCUUGAGCUGCCCCGGCAGCUGCGGAAGCAUAUCCAUCCAGUAUCCGUUCGGCAUCGGCACCGGCUGCUUCCGGAGCGGCUUCGAGAUCGUUUGCGACAACGCCACCGGCACGCCGGCGCUCGCCGGCACCACGAGGCCCGUCCCAGUGAGCCUCCUCUCCAUCAAGACGGCGGAGGCCCGCGUGAUGCUCCCCGUCGCGUGGGAGUGCUUCCACUCCUCCAACAAGGUGAACGACUCCAGCAAUGGCGACGUGCACUUCAACAGCGACGAUGUGUACCGCAUCUCCAACACCCACAACCAGCUCGUCGUCCUCGGCUGCAACACCCUGGGCUACACCCAGAGCCAGCGGAGCGAGGGUAACGGCUACUACCCCUACGCCUACUACACCGGCUGCAUGUCCUUCUGCAACAACUCCCGGAGCGCCACCGACGGCGCCUGCGCCGGCGUCGGGUGCUGCCGCGUCGAGAUCCCGCCGGGCCUCACCAACAACAACAUGGAGUUCGAGCAGUACAACCACACGGGGGUCCUGGGCUUCAGCCCCUGCGACUACGCCUUCCUGGUGGACAAGGACAGCUACACCUUCCGCACAGCCGACCUGAAGAUGGACACCAACACCAUGAUGCCUGUGUGGCUGGACUGGGCCAUCCGCGACAACCUCACGUGCGACCAGGCGAGGAAGACGGAGAGCUAUGCUUGUGUGAGCACCAGCAGCGAGUGCCGUGACUCUUCCAAUGGACCUGGCUACGUCUGCAACUGCAGCAAGGGCUAUCAAGGCAAUCCCUACAUCGCCGAUGGUUGUACUGAUAUCAACGAGUGUGAUGAGCAGCAUAAUAAGGAGUAUCCAUGCCGAGGCAUUUGUGAGAAUACAUCGGGUUCCUAUGAAUGCAAGUGCCCUAGUGGUACCCACAGUGCCGAUCCACUGAAUAUUCCCUGCAACCCCAAUUUUCCGCUUGCAGCAAAAAUUGUCACAGGUGCAAUAGGUGGACUUUUCAUUGUAGCACUCAUGGUGUUCAUCUUUCUUAUUGGCAAAGAGAAACGGAAGAUGAAAGAAUUCUUUAGAAAGAAUGGGGGGCCGAUAAUUGAAAAGGUCAAUAAAAUUAAGCUAUUCAAAAAGGAAGAGCUAGAGCCAAUACUAAAAACAAGUAAUUGUAUUGGACAAGGUGGCUUCGGUGAGGUUUACAAGGGAUAUCUUAGAGAUGAAAUACGACCGGUAGCGAUCAAGAAGCCCAAGAUUGAUGUUAAAUUGGCAAACCAAUUUGCAAAUGAAGUUAUCAUUCAAUCUCGAGUGUUGCAUAAGAAUAUUGUCAACCUCAUAGGCUGUUGCCUAGAGGUUGACGUCCCAAUUUUGGUCUAUGAGUAUGUGUCCAAUGGUAGCCUUGAUAAAAUUCUGCAUGGCAGCAACAGGCUCCCUCUUGACUUGAAUCUACGUCUAAAGGUUGCUGCACAAUCAGCGAAGGGUCUCGCUUACAUGCAUUCAGAAAUCACAACACCAAUUCUCCAUGGUGAUGUUAAGCCAGCUAAUAUCCUUUUGGAUGAGGACUUUAUGCCAAAGAUUUCUGACUUUGGUACAUCUAGGAUGAUUGCCAUUGAAGAAAAUUACACAAGCACUAUCAUUGGUAACUGGGGCUACAUGGAUCCAGAAUAUGUGCAAACGGGCCUGUAUACGAGUAAAAGUGAUGUCUACAGUUUUGGAGUUGUGCUCUUAGAACUCAUUACAAGGAAGAAGGUCUUAGAUCCUGACAUCAAUAACUUGCUCGGGAAUUCCCUUGACACUUACGCAAAGAAGAAGGGAGUGAUCGAGCUUGUUGACCCAGAAAUUUCAGCAAAAGGAGCGAUUGGGAUUUUUCAUAGUUUGGCAGAAAUUAUUGUGCAAUGUCUAAAUCUUGAUGUUGAUCUAAGGCCAGAGAUGGCAGAAGUAGCAGAGCGUCUUCAAUUCCUAUUGAAGUGAUCUCAUGCAUGGUAGAUAGGAUAGAACAUGUACGCCAAAGUGAUUGUGGACCGUCCAUUUAAAUAGAUCUAGAUAUAUAUUAUUAUAUAUUACCUCUUAGAAGGUAAUUUAUGAAAUAUAUAUAAUUUUUUAUUUUAGGAAAUAGAAAAGGAAUAAUUUCAAUUGUAUCUAUUAAGCUAAAUAGAUUGCAUUUAGCCAUGAGAGGUCGACGUGAUGGUGUAUUGGAUUGGAUAGUUAACGUGGUGGAUCGGGUAAGCCAUAACGUGAUGGCAUCCACACGUUUGUAACAUUUUCUUAACCGUGAUGAUACAUGCCUGACAUUUUUUGUAAUAUUCUUUUUAAAACUUGACACAUA